UAAGAGCUUUAUCAAAUCAAACUUGACAUUGUGCAGUCACCAAAAAAACAAAACCUAGACAUUGUGCUUUUCUUUGCCCUCCGUUAGGGUUUCUUCCGCUUGUGCAUUUGCUUCUGCGUCUGCUUCUCCUUCUGCCUUUACCAGAGUCAGAUACGCACAUACCAUGGUACCCAGAAGGAGAAAGGCUGGGAAAUUAAAGCAGCCAAAAUCAGAGACCAUCCAAUGUCCUAAAGGGGAUCAGCUCGAACUUGCUCAAGUUAAUCUGGACAAGGAUGUUUCUCCUUCAGCAUCCUCUCCUCCGUUUGCAAUUCACUCUGAAAGAAGCACCGCUGAACAACAUGUUGAUCUUCUUCCUUUUAUUUCUCACUGUUCUCUUUUUCCUCUCGGUUAUGAAUUUUCCAAACAAGAAUUAAUUUCUUUAUGGGCAGCUCAAGACCUCUUUACCGCUUCUUCUAGACAGGUGGAGAAUCAAGUGUUUGCUUCGUUGCUAUCUGAUGAAGUUGUUCUUCCUUCCAGGUUAGAUCCAUCUGUGGGUGUUUUCAGCACUUUUCUGUAUAAAAUCAACCAGUCCAAAUUAAAGUUUUUUGCAGAAUAUGCCAGAGUCUUUGAUGGAGACAUUGAUGGUGUCCCCGACGAUGUUAAGCAUUUGUCCAUAGAUGCUAAAAGCAUCAAACAUGUUGGUUUUGAGUCCUUGGAAAGAUUUCGAAAUCUGGAAACCCUGUUCGUUACUCCCACACCUGGGUUUUAUGUUGAUCAAGUCCCGCGUGAUCUUUUCUUGAGGCUUAAGCACUUGAGGGCAUUAAAUUUUAGUGGAAGUCAUAUUUUGGAACUACCUAGUUCCUUUGGGAAUUUGAAGUUGCUUCGAUAUCUUGAUCUCUCCUAUACGCCCAUCAAAAGAUUGCCUGAUUCAAUUGUUAGUCUUUCUAAUUUGCAGACUCUAAGGUUGAAGAAUUGUUUUAAGCUAGAUGGGUUGCCCGAAAAGAUUGGGAAGCUCACCAGUUUGAAGCAUUUUGUUUUUGACAUUCUUGGACGAUCGGGUUCUAUGCCUCAUGGGAUAGGUAACCUGACUAGUCUUCAGACUUUAUCCAACUUCUUUGUUGGUACGGAUGAUGGUUGUCGGAUUGUAGAGCUGAAGGAUCUGGUUGAUUUGACUGGAUCAUUAUGUAUUUUAAGCAUGGAAAACGUCUCAAGUUUUGAGGAAGCCCGGGAGGUUGAUUUGAGCAAUAAGAAGCUGGUCGGUCUAUACCUAAGGUGGAGUACCUAUAGGGAAUGUGAUGCUGUCAAAGAAGAACAAAUCCUUCAAUAUCUUAAACCUUCUUUGGAUCUUGAAGAGUUAGAAAUAGCAAGUUAUGGAGGUUUUAAGCUUCCAAAUUGGUUUUCUGAUCCAUCCUAUGUCCAUCUAGUUGAUAUGAAACUUUAUAAUUGCAUGAAUUGUGAAUGUCUUCUACCCAUCGGUAAAUUGCCGGCUCUUCGCUUUUUGCUUAUCGACGGAAUGGACAAGCUUGAAAGAAUAGAUGAACACUUUUGUCGGGAUGGAGAAGAUCAACAAUAUCAUGCAUUUCCAAAGUUGGAAAACCUGACAAUUCAAUACAUGCGUCAAUUAAAAGAGUGGACAGGAAUACAAAAUGGAGACUUUCCAUGGUUGAAUAAACUUCAGAUAACAUUUUGCCCUGAACUGCACUCGCUUCCAGUGUUGUCUAGCCUCGAUUCUCUUAAGCGUUUGGAAUUGAGUUGUUGUCCAAAUAUCAAGUACUCGAGAGAGAUAGCUCAUGUCCCCAAUGUAUUUAUUGACGGGAAGAAAUCACUCGUACAUCUUAAGUCUUAACCGGUUGCAGAGGACGGGUUAGCUGUUAGGGAUCAUAUGAGACAAUAAAUUUCAGGUUUCACCAAGAACUUUCUGAUUUAUCUGCCUUUGGUGCCGAGGUUGGUGAUAGGAAAGUCCUGUAAAGCAUUUUGGCCUGGUGCUACAGUGUGGGGGAGCUCUCUCUAUGACUCUGUACCUAUGAUGAGAUUUAAAGCCGAACUAUUAGUGUAAUCUCAUCGUAUUUUUACUCUUCUAAGAGACUUUUUGGCUUAUAGUUAUUACAAUUAUCAAAUCAUUUGGAGUGUGCUCCAUUUAUCCUGAAUCUCAUGUUCCACCUGAUAAAAUUUGGUCAAUUAUACGAUGCUUCUGAUUCCUCAACCUUAUCUCUUAACAUUAACUAACAAUGCUACUCCUCUAUUUUAUAAGUUGUUGAACACUAUUUCGGUGUGUGAUUAAUUGCAAUUGGUUAUACAAUAUUUUGGAAGUAUUAUUAUCAACUAGGG